UGUGGGGUCCGGCGGGGGGUGCCAGGAUGCUGGGGUCGCUGGGGCGCUCGGCGGGGCGGCUGCUGCGGGCCCGGGCAGGGCUGGCGGCGGCCGGGCGGCGACACGCGGGCGGCGGGGUGCACAUCGAACCGCGGUACCGGCAGUUCCCGGAGCUGACUCGGAAGCAGGUGAUCCAGAGCGAGCUCAUCAGCGGGUUCAUGUGGUUCUGGAUCCUCUGGCACUUCUGGCACAGCUCGGACAUGGUGUUGGGCCAUUUCCCUUACCCCGACCCGGCGGCCUGGACGGACGAGGAGCUCGGGAUCCCUCCGGACGACGCGGAAUGAGCGGCUCCGGCCACCGGCGCUCCCGGCAGAGUAUCGGUCCAUGGAACUAAAGGGGCCCGUGGCGCCAAAGCUUUAGCUCCUCAGUCCUUAUUUCAAUAAAAGUUAAUUGUAAACAAAUGCUAA